UGGAUCGUACAGUGCGCGUUUUCCGCGGUAAAUCGAAUUCGAAAGUGUGUGCGUGUGUGUUUGUAUGCGGGCGGGAAAAAGGAAACUGAACGAUGCGGAUCGAUAGGUUUUGCUGUGCCGCCACGGUCGGGGCGAGCCUUGCUGUGGUGGGGGCAAUUUUCGCCCUGUUUUGGGGCGACAUCCUGGAUGCAAUCAUAGUGAAGGAAAAACUUCUCACACCUACUUCAAGAACGUUCAAACUAUGGCGACGACCUCCGGUUCCGAUUCAGUGGUCGAUCACCCUCUUCAACUGGACCAACGCCAAAGCCUACCUGGCGAACGAGGCUACCCGGCCGUCCUUCACCGAGAUCGGUCCGUUUCUGUACUCAGAAAACCUGGAGAAGGUAGACGCCCGGUUCAACACGAAAAACGCCACCAUCAGCUACCGGAGACGUAGCUACUUCACCCCAGACGAACUGCUCGAUGACAACCUCCUCGAUCAGAGCGUCACCAACGUCAACGUGGUUGCGUUGGCCGCUGCUAACCGUGGUUACAGCCGUGGCAACGCAUACGAACGGACGAUUUCCUUCGCCCUGUACAGCUUUAAGCAGCGCGUUGUGGUCACCAAGCGAGCUUCCGAGCUGCUGUUCGACGGCUACCCGGAACCGUUUAUCAAAAAGGCCAAGGAAGUGUUCCAGUCCAGCUCGGAUGGGGAGUUGGAAGAUCGGUUCAGCUGGUUCCGAUCGAUCAAUGGUUCGAAAAAGUUCCACGGCUAUUUCAACAUGGACUCCGGCAAGGAGGACUCCAGUCGGUACGGGUUGGUCCACACGUGGAACUACCGGGAUCGGGUGAAUUCCAGCCGAGGCGAAUGUGGAAAGUACGAUGGCUUUACGGAGGAACUGUUUCCGACGAAGAUCCGGAAGGAUCACCGAUUGCGGUUGUUCUUGAUGGAGCUGUGUCGGGUCGUGAGUUUUGGGUUUGAACGAGAAGAAGUGAUCCACGGAGUGAUGGGAUACCGAUUUGUGGGCGAGGCGCGAUCCGUGGACGAUCAGUGUAGCGAUGAUAAGGAGCAUCUACCGAGUGGAGUGAUCAACAUAACGGAAUGCAAACUGGGGGCACCGCACUAUGCUUCGUUUCCGCACUUCUUCCUUGCGGAUGGUUAUUACAGGGGCGGUAUUGACGGUAUGAACAAGGACGAGGAGCGGCACCAAUCGUUCUUUACGAUCGAACCGAAAACGGGGACGGUGCUUAAGUCAUCGCUCCGGUUGCAGAUCAACGCACUGCUGCAGCAGUACUCGGGUGUGGCUUUGUACCAGGAUGCACCACAAUCAUACCUACCGAUACUUUGGUUCGCGAGAAGCUUCCAUCUUCCCGAAGAAGAAGUACUCAAGCUGAAGGGCCUGCUGGAUGUUUCGCAACUGGGUUACGUUGGAGCAUUUGCCGUUGCCGGGCUAGGGCUGUUGAUUGUGCUUCUGGCCAUUGGGCUGCGAUGCGCUGUUCGAAGUACGCAAAGGAAGAGCAUGGCGGGGGCUGCCCUGGCCAACGGAGAUGCCCGCGGGGAUUACGAAUUUGUACAAAAUGAACAGAAUAAGGAUAAGGAUCGAAUAAAGCUGUGAUUUUUGG